AUGGAGUGUUUUGCCAAUUCUGUCAACCGAAAAUUAGAGGUCAUUAGCAAUGAAAUAUCUAGCAUCAAAGAGUUUAAAGCUUACUCUAUACUGUCAUUAGAAGAAGUCGUUAGUGAUUUGAAAAAGGAAAAGCUGGUGCUGAGCAACAAGAAUGAUAAAUUAGAAAAAGAAAAUAAAGAUUUAUGUGUAUCUUUGUCAGAGCUUCGAGCUAAGGUGAUAGACCUUCAAGAUGAAAAAGCAAGCCUACUAACCGCAAUGAAGUUAAUCCAACGGGAAGGAAAAGAUGAACUAGAAGAAAAUAAAAAAAGGAUUGAAGCCCUGGAAAACGAGAAUAAUAACCUAAGAUGA